CUGCCCGAUAGAGCGGUUCCUGCUUUAUUUGGAUUGCUCGGAGUUAGCGUUAGCGUUACAGUCUGACAUGGACAAACUCGGAUUAACGCGUGACUGUGUCUCAUCACACAACUAAAUCAGUUUACAAUAAUAUUAAUAAUAAUUCAGCGAGUUUUGUUUUUAUUAUUAUGAUAUAAACCGCCAGCUAGCUAAAGUAAAGUGAGUAAUUAGCGGCCCCUGUUAGCAUUGUCCGUGUAUUUACCACAGAACCGACAGCAUGGAUUUCAGUGUGAGGAGGCUGGCAGCGGACGCGGGAACUUUCCUCAGCCGGGCCGUACAGUUCACGGAGGAGAAACUCGGGCAGGCGGAGAGAACCGAGUUAGACGCUCACCUGGAGAACCUGCUGGCAAAAUCCGAGUCGACGAAACACUGGACUGAGAAGAUCAUGAAGCAGACGGAGGUGUUACUGCAGCCCAACCCGAAUGUGAGGAUGGAGGAGUUUCUGUAUGAGAAGCUGGACAGGAAAAUCCCAACACGAGUCAACAACCACGAGCUGCUGGGGGAGUGCAUGAUCGACGCCGGGCACGAGUUCGGACCUGGAACGGCAUACGGCAGUGCUUUGAUUAAAUGUGGCGAGGUGGAGAAGCAGCUCGGCGGCUCGGAGCGAGAGCUCAUCCAGAGCUCAGCCAUUAACUUCCUUACCCCGUUCAGGAACUUUAUCGAUGGGGAUUAUAAGACCAUCUUGAAGGAGCGGAAGCUGCUACAGGUGAAACGCCUCGAUCUGGACGCAGCUAAAACGCGGCUAAAGAAAGCUCGAGUAGCGGACGCUCGCUCUGCGGAUUUUAGCUCCACCCCCUCACCAGGAGAGGAGUACGUGUUUUCUUACAUGCUCUCCUUCUUGCAUGUCAAAUGGCUGAAGUUUUGGGCUCAGGAAAUCCAGCAGGCAGAGACGGAGCUGAGGAUAGCUCAGAGUGAGUUUGAUCGCCAGGCAGAGAUCACCAGGUUACUGCUGGAGGGAAUCAGCAGCACUCACGCUCAUCACCUGAGGUGUCUGAGUGAUUUUGUUGAUGCCCAGGCUGUGUAUUACGCUCAGUGUUAUCAGUACAUGGUUAAUCUACAGAAACAGCUCGGCAGUUUUCCUUCAGCCUUCUCUUCCAGUAAUAAUCAGUCUGCUGCCUCCUCUGCUGGAAUUUCUUUCCCUGCGACCUUGGCCACGACUGUGACCCCGACCCCCACCAUGACCCCGGGUCAGAGUUCACCGAGCCUUAACGAGCUGCGUAAUUCGUGCGGUCCACGCCGAGCGCGCGUGCUGUACGAUUACGAUGCAGCCUGCAGCAGUGAGCUGUCGCUACUCGCUGACGAGGUGAUCACAGUGAGCAGCGAGCCGGGCCUGGAUUCUGAUUGGCUGAUGGGGGAGAGAGGACAUCAAAGGGGCAAAGUACCCAUCACCUACCUGGAGCUGCUCAACUGACAGAGAUAACACUCACACACACGCGCGCACACACUGACCUGCCUGUGUCAUUUCACACUCUGUAUUUGUGCCUUUUUGCUUGUGAGUAGCCAAAAAAAACACUUUAGCAUUUCAUUAAUGUGCCAUAAAAAUAAGUUUUAUACUUAGUGUGCGACUUUAUAACUAAUCCUGAGUGCUAUGAACUGUUAUAAAGCUUUAAUAAACAUAACAGGUGGUUAUGAAGCCAAAUGUAAUAAUUAUUACUGUUUGUUUUGGUCUAAAAGGAGAAUUGAUACGCGUGAGACGUGCAAGAGAGCAUGAUUGUGAUCCUGUUUUUGUUUGUUUGUUUGUUUUUUAAACACACCCUUGUUGACUUUCCCUUGUCCCCUUGGCUGUGUUGUAUUGAAGUUUGUUAGAAUGGAAUGGACACACUGCAGCCUUCAGGAACAGUGUUAAAGCUGUGAAUAUAAAGGAAAAUCAACUCUA